AUGGCUGAGGCCCGGAAGCAACUAAACCUGGUCAUGGCCCCUUCAUCCUCACUUGACCACAUCACUAUCUUCCUUGAGCUCUCCAACAAACUCGCACUCCUAGGCCAUCGAAUCCACUUUCUGCUUCCCAUCACCGCUCGAGACAAGGUGGCGGCUCAGCCCAACGAAUUUCCGGACCUCAUCACUUUUCACCCAAUCGGCGACGUAGAGAAAGCCCAUCAUCAUCGUCCAACCGGCGACGUCCCAGGCUUCGUGGGCUCUUUCAUUUCCCGUGGGGUCGAGGUAGUGGAAGAUGUGUCCGCUCAGUUCAUGGACCGCACGGUCUCCGCGAACGACCAGGCCCGGUCCAUCCUGUACAAGACGAAGCCCGAUUUUGUGGUCUAUGAUUCGCAGGCCCAAGGUGUGGGAUUCGUGUUAGGGUUGAGGAACGUGACCGUGGAAAUUUUGUCUGUGGACUCGAAGACGACGCUCUGUAUCGUUCCGUCGAUGAAGGCCUCGCCUGCGGAUGUUCCCGAGGGAGCUCCUAUCACCGACUAUGCCAUGUGGCUGGAGACAGAAUCGGGAGAGAUAUUUGGACAAGGAUCCGGAGAACCCUUGAAAUCGAGCGGGACUCCGUGGGCCCUGGAACAUACAUUCUGCAAAUACGUGGAGGAGCACUACGGGAAAUUGCUAUUGACCCAUGGGCCAGCGACGGAUGGGCCGGGCCUCGAGGAUAAAUGGGCCGCAUGGCUGGAUAAAUUCCCUCCGGGUUCGGUUGUUUACUGCGCUUUCGGGAAAGAAGUUUAUCUCCCAAAACACCAAUCUCUAGAGCUUCUCAGGGGAUUCGAGUUAUGCGGGCGCCCAUGUCUGGUGGCACGGAGGUCGUUCGAAGAAGUGACGGUAUCGAAAGGUUUGGAGGAAAGCAAGGUGAUGGUGUACGAUGAGUGGUUUCCACGACCGUAUAUUCUGAACCAUCCGUCCGUGGGUUGUUUCGUCACCGAUUGUGAGCUUGGAUCUGUGUGGGAGGCUUUUCUGAGUGAGUGUCAAAUCCUGUUAAUCCCUGGCUUUGGUAAACAACAUGUUCUGCCGGCGAAGUUGAUGGCAGAGGAGCUGAAAGUGGCGGUGGAAGCUGAGAAGGAUGAGAUUUAUGGAUUGAUAAGCAAGGAGAAGCUUUGCGAGAGUAUUGAUAUGGUGAUGAAUGGAGAGAGUGAAGUCGGGAAGCAGGUGAGAAUGUACCAUUUGACGUCGAGGGAAGGUUUGGUUCAUGGGGACUUGAUUGAUCACUCUGUGGAGCGGUUUGCCAACAAGCUGAUUCGGGAUCUCCAAGGAAAAUCUCCCUCGACUAAGGAUAAUCCAAUUACUUUUGGGUUUUGA